UAUUUUUCACUUACGACUCAGAUUUAAUCUUAAAUUCAAAGUGUUUGGAUAGUUUCAAUAAUCUGCCAAUAUGUUUAUGCACAAUUAUAAAAAAUGUUUAUAUUUAUUGUGUAUAAUAGUGAUAACAAUUGGCAAGACUUCAGCUGAUCUUGAAGAGUGCAAUAAAAUUAUUAUAGAAGGAGGAUCACAUGCUCUUCAAAGAAUAUUCGCUGACUUUAGCGAAAUGAAAACAACAAUAAACGAAUUAAAGUCAAGUAUUCAGGAAUGUCGGGGAGAUAUUGAUACCAAAACAAAAGCACUACCACAAUUGGAUUUACGUUACGAUAGUUUACCACAAAAAUGUGUCAAGGAAAUUUUACCUAAAGAUUGUGGCUCGGCCACAGCUUGCACGCAGCGUAGUGGAAUCUACAAAAUCCAAAUCGAUAAGUACAGUUUCGAACCAUUUUAUGUAGAAUGUGAUGCCGAAACCGAGGGUGGUGAUUGGCUGUUAAUACAAAGACGUCAUGAUGGCUCAGUGGAUUUCUUUCGCAACUGGGAGGAAUACGAAAAUGGUUUCGGCGAUGUUGAUGGUGAAUUUUUUAUUGGUUUGAAAAAACUUUACGCUCUCACUAACUACAAUGGUCCACAAGAGUUACUGAUUAUAAUGGAAGAUGCAAAUUCUACUGCUGCAUAUGCCAAAUAUGAUACAUUCGCCAUUGGAAAUGAUACGGAGAUGUAUAAACUAAAGAAAUUGGGAAAAUUUACAGGAUCUGCAGGAGAUUCCUUAAAAGGUCACUUGGGUAUGAAAUUCACAACAAAAGAUCGUGAUAAUGAUACUCAUGCUACUUUAAAUUGUGCUGCGCAUUUUACGGGGGCAUGGUGGUAUACGGCAUGUCAUAGUAGUAAUCUUAAUGGCAAAUAUGGCGAUAAUACUUAUGGCAAAGGUAUCAAUUGGAAGUCUUAUCGCGGUCAUAAUGCAUCGCUAAAGUAUACUAAAAUGAUGAUACGUCGACGUAGAACUUCCUCAUAAAAUAUUUGUAAUUGUUUAUACCUAAUUUAUGUUUUAAUAAAAUGAUAUAUAUUUAUGAGAAUAGUCUUA